UGGUGGAGUACAUUUUCAGACUUGAACAUCCCUCGACGUUGCCGCCGCUGUCAUGCGUAUCCACACAUGCUACUUCUGCUCGUCGCCGGUGUACCCAGGGCAUGGCAUGACCUUUGUGCGUAACGACAGCAAAGUGUUCCGCUUCUGCCGGUCCAAGUGCCAUCGCAACUUCAACCGCAAGCGUAACCCGCGCAAGGUCAAGUGGACCAAGGCCUUCCGCAAGGCCGCGGGUAAAGAAAUGGCGUUGGACUCGACGUUCGAAUUCGAAAAGGUGCGCAACCGUGCCGUCAAAUACGAUCGCGACUUGGUCGGCGCCACGCUGCACGCAAUUGCGCGUGUGACGCAGAUCAAGGAGAAGCGCGAAGCCGCCUUCUACAAGAACCGCAUGAAGGACAGCAAGGCCAAGCAAAAGGCGCAGGACUUGAAGGAACUGGAAGUGAACAUCAGCUUGAUCAAACCCGACAUGGCGCGUGUCCGGGAAGCCAACCAACUCAACGCACAAGAUAUGGAACGACAGACAAACGUCGUCGGAGGCGACGACGGCGCGGACAUGGACGAGUAAAUGGAGAGUCUUCGUUGAUGACUGUGUGCUUAAUAUAUUCUAUCCCCA